AUGGAGGCGACAUCAUCUCUACCACAUCCAUCUGUAAUAGAGAAUGUCCAAGCCCACAUUCUACGGGUCUCUCCUGCAGGUCCAGACGGCAAGGGUAUAAUUUCAGUUGUCCUAAAUGCCAAUGGCCUGUCCGACGAAGAAAUGCAAAAACUUACCACAAAUUACGGCCACCCGAGCGGGUUCGUCUUCUCCGCACCAGCAGACUCCGACUUGGACUAUGAGAUCCGCGUCUGGCACCCAGACCAUGAACUAGAGAAGUGUGCUCAUGUAAUGAUCGGAACCGUGUGGCUACUCUCGAAGCUUGGGAUGAUGCCGCGGGGCGACCUCCGCAUCUUGACCAAGAGCGACUGUGUGGAAGCAAAGAUCACGAAGACCACCGACAAAGACAACGCCAAGGAGAACAUCUGGGUUGAGUUCUUCAACCUGGCAUGUGACAUGAACACUGUGAAUACCGAAAACAUGGAUGUCAUUCUGUCCGAUUUGAAGAUUUCGAGAUCUGACAUUGCACCUGGAAUGGUCCACAAUGCUGGCACGGUCGACGAUGCUGACACGGACAUAAUCUCAACGACACUGAUUCCGAUCAGAUCGGUUAGGAGAUUGCGUGACUUGAAGCUGAGCGAUGAUCUCGUCAAGAAGCUUCUUGAAAGGAUUCAGAGCCCUGGAUUGUGUCUGUAUGCCAUCGUCGACGAAAUACGGCAGGAGUACGAAGUGAGACAGGUUCCUGAACCUGAUGCGAAUUGGGAGGACACCACGACUGCUUUGGCUUUUGCGCUUUUGAUAAAUGGCUUUGUCGACAGACCUGUUGAGCCACUUCAGAUCAGGGAGCCUUGCGACAACGACCGUUACCGUGAGAUUAAUUUGAGGUUCAGGCUUGGGGGUGGCAAUGCCAGUGGCUGUUGGAUUGGAGGUACAGCCGAGUUUGAAACCGAGGAGAAAGAGACUGGACAGACAAAGACCGAUGCUGAAUAG